UGCCGGCGCUGGGGCCGUGCCCCGACCUGCAGACCAUGGGCGACUUCAACAUGGCGCGGUACCUGGGCCGCUGGUACGAGGCGGAGCGCUACUUCGCGCUGUUCGAGUUCGCGGGCAAGUGCGUGAGCGCCAACUACUCGGCUGCCGACGACGGCCGCUUCCUCAUCGUCAACCGCCAGACCAGCUCCCUGACGGGCAUCCGGUCGACCAUCGAGGGCGAGGUGCGGCUGGUGGGGCGCAGCGACGAGUCCAAGCUCAGCGUCAAGUUCCCCUCGCUACCUGUGUCUCUGGCAGCGCCGUACUGGGUGCUAGACACCGACUAUGAAAACUACUCUGUGGUAUGGUCCUGCUCCAAUUUUGGCCUCUUCAGCACAAGGAACGCGUGGAUCCUGACGCGCGCGCGCACCCCGACUCUGCCGGUGAUGGAACGCGCGUACGCCGCCGUCGACCGCAACGGCAUCAGCCGCGCCUUCUUCAUCCGCACCGACCAGAAGAACUGCCCCGCCCACUACUGA